GGUAUUUCCCAACAGAACACGGUCUCACUGUAUUUAGGUUGAAAAAAAUAAAAUAAAUAUAAAAUUAAAAGUCAAUUUAGUGCAAUUCCUGGCAAUAAACAAACGGAAUAAAACGAAAAUUAAGGAUAGAGUUAAGACUGCGCCUGGCCCCCCAUCACAGUUUGCCUGGAACUGGACACUUAAAACCGAUUAAACCAAGUGAAACAAAGGCCCGAAAGAGAUCAAAAUGUCGGAAAUGCAAAUGGACUGCGCCUUGGACCUGAUGCGUCGCCUGCCGCCUCAGCAGAUCGAGAAGAACCUCAUCGAUCUGAUUGACUUGGCGCCGGAUCUGUGCGAGGACCUGCUCUCGUCCGUGGAUCAGCCGCUGAAGAUUGCCAAAGACAAGGAGCAUGGCAAGGACUACCUGCUGUGCGACUACAACCGCGACGGUGACUCCUAUCGAUCACCCUGGUCGAACACCUACUACCCGCCGCUGGAGGAUGGCCAGAUGCCGUCGGAGCGGCUGCGCAAGCUGGAGAUCGAGGCGAACUAUGCCUUUGACCAGUACAGGGAUAUGUACUUUGAGGGCGGCGUCUCGUCGGUGUAUCUGUGGGACUUGGAUCAUGGAUUUGCUGCUGUGAUACUGAUCAAGAAGGCUGGCGAUGGCAGCAAGAUGAUUCGCGGCUGCUGGGACUCCAUACAUGUGGUGGAGGUGCAGGAGAAGACCACCGGCCGAACGGCCCACUAUAAACUCACCUCCACGGCCAUGUUGUGGCUGCAGACAAAUAAACAGGGCUCCGGGACGAUGAAUCUGGGCGGUUCGCUGACCCGCCAAACGGAGCAGGAUGCCAAUGUCAGUGAGUCGUCGCCGCAUAUUGCCAAUAUUGGCAAGAUGGUGGAGGAGAUGGAGAACAAGAUUCGCAACACGUUAAAUGAGAUCUACUUUGGCAAGACCAAGGAUAUUGUGAACGGGUUAAGGAGCACACAGUCGCUGGCCGACCAAAGGCAGCAGGCGGCCAUGAAGCAGGACCUUGCCGCGGCCAUCCUACGCCGCAAUGUCAAGCCCGAAUCGAACUGAACGAAAGUCGAGCACUGAGCGGCCAAGGCUGAAGGCGGUAGGUAGCUCUGCAGCGUCCUCGUAAUUCAAUUUUUCAAGCAUAAACCAUAAACCAUAAUAAUAAUAAUCACCAACCUGAGCGGGGUCUCCUGAAAUGGGUGUAAAUAAUAUGUGAAUUAAAUGAUGUGCUGUGUGUUAUCCUAGUUGCUAUGAUACUAGGAUAAUCCUCACACAAUUCCCUGCUAUUCACACCCUUCUUGGAAACAGGACUCCUUCUAGGUCGGUGGAAAUUAAGCAGACUAAAAAAUAUUUAAUACGCAUUUCUAGGCAAUAAAUUUGUUAAAUGAGAAAGAAAUUGUUAAACGGAGAAGAAACAUAUUAAUGUCCAGCCCCCCCACAUAAAUAUUGUUGCAAUUUAGAGGCGCCGGCGCGCUUCAUCUACAGUUCACACAGUUCACAGCCGCAAGACAGUAUCCAUAAGUAUUUGUAUCUUAUUUGUAAAAUGCCCAACAUAUUUCCACCCAAUUCGUGGCAAAUGUGUUUGUGUUUCAUUCACCUGCAGCCCCGUUCUUAAUUCUUCCGCGAAUAAAUAAUAUGUGUUUAAUAA